AUGGCCGAUGACAGUCACCAGAUUAACAAGACUCUCUUCUUAGAGCGGAAGCGGAACGAAGGCAGGCAGAAGAGCGAGAGGCACGGGAAAGCGGUGUUGCGAAGGCAGGCAGAAGAAUUGAGAAGGCAGGCAGAAGAAUUGAGAAGGCAGGCAGAAGAGCGAGGGGCACGGGAAGCAGUGUGGCGAAGGGAGGCAGAAGAGUUGAGAAUGCAGGUAGAAGAGCGAGAGGCAGAGGUAAAAGUUGGAACGCCAUCCCGCUCCACGAAGGGGAGUAUUCCACCACCCACUGGGAAAUACUGCCCAACGAGCCUUCGUCAUUGGUCAAGUUGCCCGGUUCAACUGCAAGAAAUUUAUGAAUCAGUUUCCACUUACCUUCAACCAGCUGAAAAAGAUGCACCUAGGCUAUUCACAUCUCUCCUUGUACUAAAUGAACUUGGUCGGCGGUAUUCUAGCCGAAAACUACGAAGUGAAAAGGAUCUGGAACACUACGAGCGAACCGCUGUGGAAGAUCAUGUCCAUGAUAUCAUAGCCGAGCUAUGCAAAAUACCUGAUGCCCGAGAGAGAUUCCGGCUUGGAGAUGGGAUCCUGUUUGAAAAUCAUGGAAAUAUUCUACAGACAUCAGAAGAGUCAGAU